AUGAAACUGCUAUUCUUGAUGAGCUUGGUGGUGCUUCUUUGCAUCGCCAAUUUACCAACAUCAGAGGCUGGUGCUUGGUUCCUUAAUUUAUUUCGAUGGGGCAAGCCAACGAAGGAAAUGACCACAGAAACUUCAGAUGGAAUGGAGUCAACGAAGGAAACGUCUCCAGAAACCCCAGAUGAAAAAGAGAAACCAAAGGAAACGAAUUCAGCAACCACAGGGCUUAGAUCUCGCUACUACCAAUGCUACAACACAUUUUUACCAUCUACUGAAAAAAUAUUUUAUAGUAGCUUAUUUCAUUCUUCGAAUUCCGAGGAAAAUGGAAAUCUACCCAGAAGUGUUUUGCAUGAAUUUGUUCACCCUCCUAAAAAAACACCACCAACAACUGGAGAAAAACCAAGCCCUCCUAAAAAAACACCACCAACAACUGGAGAAAAACCAAGCCCUCCUAAAAAAACACCACCAACAACUGGAGAAAAACCAAGGCGUCCUAAUGGAAAUCCACCAAAAACUGGAGGUCCACUUAGAAAACCACAAUAAGUCAGAGUAGCUAUAUGCUGCCAGGAAAUUCCCCGGGGAAAUCCAAUUCAUCUACCUGAAGCGGCUUAAACACAGUCGCCUAAAUAAUUUGCUUUUAAAAAAGACUGCAUAUUUCAACUUCACGCUUUCUUGUUGCAUUACAAAAUUGCUUAUUAUAAUAUAGAUUUUGCUUAAA